AUGGGGCUGGGUAAUAGAUAUUCCAUUAGCCUCGAUCAUCGUCGCAGCAAUGGGUCCGGGUCGAGAUGUCGAGUGACAUUUGGCUGUCUCCUGUUGUUUUUUGUCGUUGCUGGAGUCGACUGCGGGGGCAUGCGCAGGAAUGGAAGCGUUGUUGUUCCGAUGGUAGGGGCAGCAUCUGGGCAGGACUCCGAACCGAGCACUGGCGAGAAUGCAAAUAAUAUUUGCCAAAGUGAGAGCGAAGGUGUGACUGUCUGUACUUGCGUUGAGAGCGAGGGUAAAGUCCGUCAGGUUUCUAGAGCAGGUGCCGAAGCCCCCGUAUCAACUCUAAAAGAGGCCUCCUUGACCUUUUCAGGACCAACGAACCAGUUGACUCUCAUCUGCGAGGGAAAACAUGUUCCUGACUACAGCUCAACAGACCAAAAAGGCAAAGUCUGUCCUGCGGAUGCGGACAUGAGCAAAUGCCGGAAUGAUGGCUCACCAGCUGCAACCCAGCCAGUCAGCCUCGCAGAUCUGCUCCGCGGCGAAAAUGCUGCCUCAAUCAAUUGGAUCGGCGACACCGCCUCCAGUGACAACAAAUCGUUUUCCCUAACAGUUCCGGGUAACAACCUUCCUCUCUCCGACAAGGCCUUCUCCGUUGGAUGCAUGAAAAAAAGCGGCAACUCCGACGCGUCCUGUAAAGUGACAGUCAAUCUCGUCAAACUGUCUCAGACAACGGGGAACACUGUCGAAUGCGCCUACGGAGCUACCAGCAACGCCAGCCGACAGCAAGUGACGCUGUCGCCGACACAAAACACCCUGACCCUCAUUUGUGGCAAUGACAGCGACAUCCUGCCUACAGACUACCGAACACACUUCUGUUCCACCGGAAAUGCGCAAGAAUCCUGUGCCGAAACCUACGAGAGUAUCAUUCCGCAGUACGAAGACAGCUGGUGGACGACGUCGUCGCCAGAAAAUGGCACGUACAAGCUGGCGAUUCCGUCAGACAUGUUUCCCGAGGAGGAGAAGAGGAUCGUCGUAGGGUGCAAAUAUGCACAGUCGAAAGCUGGAAAAGCCGACGGUGGCGGUGAGACCACGAGCAGCAUCUGCAAUGUCGACGUGACUAUCUCUGCAAGCACGAGUGCAGCAUCAGAUGCGAGUGUUCCUUCUGUGAAGUGCAUGGCACUGUCUACUGCUGUUGUAUUGGCCGUCGUAUUUCUUUUUCUGAAUUAG